AUGUCGUCCGAAGCCUUCACUGACGGCGAUGCUGAUGGUCGCGUGGAUGAGUCGACUGCACUGUUAGGGUCCCAGGCAGCCACGCGUUCGGCAGAACGCGAACGCGACUCGAGCUCUCCCUAUGGUUCAUCGCCUCAAAACGACACUGCUGAUGACGGCGACGAGGAUGAGAAACCUCUACCCAUCACCCAGAUCCUACUGCUUUGUUAUGCCCGAGUGAUCGAGCCAUUGGCCUUUUUUUCCAUCUUCCCCUAUGUCAGUCAGAUGGUCCAAGAAAAUGGGAACGUCCCGGACUCGGAUAUCGGCUUCUAUAGCGGGCUAAUCGAAUCGCUAUUUUCCCUGACACAAGCCCUCGUCAUGCUUUUCUGGGGCCGAGCAGCCGACCGUAUUGGACGUAAACCGGUGCUGGUCUUCUCCUUGUUCGGGGUGACUUUGGCAACUGGCUUGUUCGGAAUGGCAAAGAGUAUCGCACAGAUGAUCAUGUUUCGAUGCGUUGCUGGUGUCUUCGCCGGAACCAUCGUUACUAUCCGCACGAUGGUGGCCGAGCACAGCACGCGCAAGACCCAGGCUCGUGCAUUUAGCUGGUUUGCUUUCAGUGGCAACUUGGGCAUAUUCCUAGGGCCGCUCCUCGGUGGUGCCCUUGCUGAUCCCGUGCGUCAAUUCCCACGCGUUUUUGGAUCCAAUCACUUCCUCAAGGUUUACCCCUACGCACUUUCAAGUCUAGUUGUCGCAACUAUCGGAGCUACCGCUGCCAUUUCCAGUGCUCUAUUCAUCAAGGAGACUUUGAAGAAAGAGACACCUGCCGCGGAGGGUGAUGGUGACGAAACUGCAUCCACCGCGCCCUCCCGCAGCGGUGACCUGACGACUUGGCAGCUUCUGAAAUCCCCAGGCGUAGGCACGGUGCUCUAUGUGUACGGACACGUUAUGGUGCUCGCAUUUGCCUAUACGGCCAUUAUUCCUGUCUUCUGGUACACUAAAGUUCAUCUGGGUGGCUUCGGCUUCACUCCAUUCCAAAUCUCCAUAAUGAUGGGACUCAAUGGUGCCGCACAGGCUGCCUGGCUUCUCCUGGUAUUCCCUCCGCUGCAACGGAAGAUCGGAUCGAACGGGGUUAUUCGCCUUUGCGCCUAUUGUUAUCCGUUCUUCUUCCUAUCCUGCCCCCUUGCGAAUGUCCUCUUGCGCAUGCACACCGAGGGCUCGCUCAAGGUUUUCUGGGUCUUCGUUCCAGUUUUAUUGGCUAUUGGUUGUGGUGUCAGCAUGAGCUUCACGGCGAUUCAGCUUGCUAUCAAUGAUGUCGCGCCCUCGCCAAGGGUUUUGGGCACACUGAAUGCUCUGGCUUUGACAGGUGUCAGUGCCUUGAGGGCUUUCUCUCCAGCCCUUUUCACAAGUCUUUUUGCAGUCGGAGCAAGAACUCAAUAUCUCGGAGGGUAUGCCAUCUGGAUACUUAUGUGUCUACUUGCUGCUGGUCUGUCGGUUGCUGCGAGAUAUCUGCCCGAGCCCAAGGAGCUCCGCAAGCGGUGA